UUGAGAAAAUAAUCAGUUUUUACAAUAAAAAAUUUGCAAAUCCAAUCAUUUCGACUUAUUCGAACUCCGUUUUCUUUUCUGGACAAAAACUCAAGCUAGACAAAUCAAAAAAUGGCACAAAUUGCGGGAAAUGAAAAAAAUGUGCUAACAUCGGCGGAAGUUACAACCAUGCAAAUGAAAUGCACGUCCCCUGAUCAGGAUCUUGUCGUUUAUCCCAGAUGGCUGUUCUUCUACUCGCAAAACGAAUACCGUACUCCACUUUACGUCCGAUUCUUUGUUGCAAAUCGUGAUCCGCAUACUGUUGCAUACAACAUCAAGGCAAGAGAAAAGAUCUUCAAAGUCGACUCGUCGUGUGGAAUCCUGAAGCCCGGCGAGAAAAAAGUCAUCAAACUGUUUCUGAUGUCGUCGGACGAUUGGCCACUGGCAUACGGAGAGUACACUCAGAAGCGGUUGAAGUUGGCCGUCGAGUGUCUGAGAGUUCCUGAUGAAAUUCAGCCGACUAGUGAGAAGGAAUCGCGUACAAUUGCCCGAGCUCUUUGGAAGCGAUCGUACAAUGAGUGGCCGUUGGAGCGUCUUUACACCAAGUUGAACAUCUCCCUGGUUUCUCCAAUCAACAACGUUCAAGCUCCCGCCACCACGGUCUCCACAAAAAUUGCGAUUUGAUUGAUUACUACUAGAAUAAAUACAUUGAACAUGG